AUGUCGGUCAGUGGAUUCAAUGGAAUUAGCGAGGCGGCGGCGAGCGGAAGUAGGAGCAGGAGCAGGGUAUCGAUUUCUUCGAGGGCGGAAUCGUCCAGGGCAGCUGCUGGGGGUGGGAGGCAGCCGCUGGGACUUGGUGUGGAAGGGGUAAAUCGCAAUGGACGCACUCGCUAUCGUCAAUAUCACCCCGUCGGCGCCACGCAGCUCGAGCCGGGAAUACCUGAGAUGGCGGCUGGGCGGCCUGAAUCUCAGAGGGACGCUCUACUUGCGCAGAAGAAAGCACAAUUGGAGAGUGUCAUCGACAGACAUGACGAUUUGAUUCGAGAGCAAUUUCAUAUGGAACAUUUCACGAUGAUGCUUUCGUAUAACCCUGCUGAGGCCAAGUCAGAUAACAGCGCUGUCUUCAGACAGUUCCAAGCGAACCAUGACCUAUUCAAUACCGCGGCCCCUGCACCAACAUCCACACGUCAGACUCGUCGACAGAUGAAUGAACGCCGACAAACCAUAACGACUCCUUCGACCUCCGCGCCUCCUUUGUCGCACUCUCCCAUAAAAAGAAAACCAAACAAAACGCUCAAUACGGAAGAGAUAAUCAAUAUCAUCGCAUCUUCGCGGGGCGACAAGACCCGGAAAGGGAAGGAGAAGGAGGAAGAGCCGCUUGCCCAGGGGCCUAUGGAAUCAGUAUCUGCUCCAAUUGUUGAAGACACUCAAAAGACAGGUGCUGUACGGCGCCGAGUGAGGCUUCAGGGUUCGCCUCUUGCACCCACGACCGCUGAUGUCGGAAGUGCGAGCGAAAGCUUUUCUGUACCUAUCGAACCUCCUUCCAUUAUGGGCCAGCCGCCAGGCGUCGAUGAAUCUAUAUCUUUCGCUCCUCCCAAACGAGUGAACGGGAAGAGACCUCGUGAGCCAAGUCCUCCGCCAGGCACUAACGAUCGUGAAAAUGUGCCAGCACCAGCACCAACACCUGCAGCCCCAAGUAGUCCUCGGAAAGUUUCCGUGUCGUGCCCUCCACUCCAAGAUGAAUCAACUUCGGUAAACUUGUCAAGACGAAGCAGUCGAUUAAAGGACCUUCCUCAAAUACAGGCCUCGCCAAAACAUGUCAAGGCCAAGAUUCGUCCGCCCGUUGGCUUCAAGACGUCUAGUAUCGCACCACCACCACCACCGCCUCCGCAACCCCCACCUCCGGCCCAUAAUCUUGACAUUCCUCCUUCACCUCCAAAAAACACAAUCAAACGCAUCAAGUUGAUUGUUCGUCGACCGCCUCCAACCAUCUCCCAUCCUGAUCAACGCCGUCCCCAACACAAACAUAAAUCCCUAACAGCAUUCUUAUCAUCCUACACACUCUUAGACGAUGAAGAUAUCGACCCGGCUGCUCUGGCGCAAGAGGCACAAGAGGAAGCUGAAAUCAUUGAGAGGGUCGCACAGCUACGCCGCGAAGGGCGCUAUAUUCCUGACUCGGACUUCCUCUUCGGCGCUAUUGACGAAAACUAUGUUCUUGGUGGUCCAUUGCGGGAGACGAGGGACCCAUGGGACGACGUCGUUGACGAGAUCGUCGCUUCCGCAAGAAAAAGGAGCCGGCAGCCGACUCCGAAGACGUUGGGUAACCACAUCGCCUCGAUACUCCAGAAGGAAUGGACGAGCUCAAAGGCACGAAAUGCAGAGGAAGACAAGAAGAAGAAAUCUCCUCAAGAAGAGCUGGCGAAGGCUGCGAUUGAUGCUGUCAUCGCAGAGUGGAGGAAAGCUGUUCAUCAUAUUCAUGAGAAACGGCGCUUGGAAGAAGAGGAUGAGGAGCGACGACUGAGUCAUGCGCACCUGGAUGCUAUGCUUGACCAAUCAGGCUAUCUUUUGGCGACACAGCAGACAGAUCUUGCCAGGGGAGAUAGAUUCCGCUCUUGUAGUCGGUCUGGAAGCCCUGCUGAAUUCGAGGAAGAUGAAGACGAGGAUAGCGAUGACGAGGAAGACGAGGAAGAACAGGAGGUUGCUGAAGAGUCUGUCGGCACGAGAGAAGACGACGAGGCCACUGAACAGGACGGAAAAUCGACAAUAAGCUCUGUUCACGAUGCCGAAGACCGUGAGGAUGAGUCGACCACAAUGCUCCUUGGUGUUUGUUCACCACGCGCAAUAGCUGCUUCUUCAGUUGGAGCUACAAGGUCGGGCACACCUGCUACGACCACAACCGAUACCUAUCCCGAGCAAGAAGACUUCGGGGCGUCCACUGCUCAGCUUCUGAACGGACAUGCUGAUGUCGUACAAGAUGAGGACGUCGAGUUGCGGUCAGAUACGUCUUCUGACGCUGAUUUGGACGAUCUUGUCAAUCCACUACCGGAUUCCUCGCCUAUUCGAACCACUCCUCCCUCUGCAUUCUGGUUGCCCCCUCCAACGACUGCCUCCCCUCUUCCGCCCCCACCGACAGGGUCGACUCUAGUACCAUCCGACACUCCCUCGCCUAGUACAUCCGAAUUUCAUCCUAAAUCUGUUUUCUCUCUCCCAGAAUCUGUUCACAAAGGUGUUGAUGUUGACAUACCUCGACAUCCGCAAUCGGAGUCUCGAUGUAUUACACCUGAGCGACAUAGCACCACAGAUCCGAUACCUCUUUCUCGAGGAGUCCAACCGUCUCCUAUUCCUGGGGAAGAGGAGACAGAGGAUGCUGCCAAUCUAGUUGAUCAUGAAGUUAUGGAUGCCAUCGACGAUACCGCCCAUCUCUACGAAGCAGAUCAGACAAUGGCUGAGCCGUCGGAGCAAGAGGAUGAAGAACACGAUGUAGACGACGUUGAAGAGAAUCAAGACCAGGAACAGAGCCAAGAGGAGGACGAGACGGAUGGCUCCGCCAUUCCUGAAUACCUCAAGCCUUAUGCCGUCGCCCCUGUUAAUUGGGAUCCUGAGAGCAAAGUCACUCCUCCGCUUCUACUUCGCGGAGUCCUUCGCCCUUACCAGCAAUCAGGCUUGGAGUGGUUAGCCAGUCUUCAUGUCAACAAGCUCAACGGUAUUUUGGCUGAUGAAAUGGGUUUGGGAAAAACCAUCCAAACUAUUGCACUACUUGCCCAUCUGGCAUGCGAUCGCGGUAUCUGGGGACCACACCUGAUCAUUGUUCCGACGAGCGUCCUCUUGAAUUGGGAGAUGGAAUUUAAGAAAUUCUUGCCAGGCUUUCGGGUUAUCAGCUAUCAUGGCAACCCCAAACGUCGGAAGGAGCUACGUCAUGGCUGGAAUAACAAGCACCACUUUAACGUCUGUAUAACGUCCUACACGCUUGCCAGCAGAGAUAACAAAAUCUUCAAACGCAAAGCUUGGUACUACAUGAUCCUUGACGAAGCACACAUGAUCAAGAAUUUCAAGUCCCAGCGAUGGGCCCUCCUCCUUCAAAUCAGGUCCUAUCGACGCCUUUUGCUAACCGGAACCCCGCUCCAGAAUAAUCUGACGGAGCUUUGGGCCCUUUUACAGUUCCUUAUGUCAGGUGCCAAAUUUGCCAACUUAAAGGAAUUCGGCGAUUGGUUCUCCAAUCCUUUGGAAAAGGCGAUUGAGAUGGGAAAGACGCUUGACGACGACACCAUGCAACGUGUGUCCAAGCUUCAUACCGUUCUACGACCGUACCUGCUACGUCGGCUGAAACGAGACGUCGAAAAGGAACUUCCAAGCAAGUUUGAACAUCUUACGCUCUGCCCUUUAUCGAAGCGACAGCGCUUCCUCUAUGACGAGUUCAUGUCUCGGGCGCAAACAAGGGAUGCGCUACAAUCAGGGAUUUACCAAAAGAUCGCUAAUAUCCUGAUGCAACUCCGGAAAGUCUGCAAUCAUCCCGACCUCUUCGAAGUCCGCCCAAUCGUCACCUCAUUUGCAAUGUCAAGAUCAGCCAUCGCUGACUUCGAAAUAAAGGAACUGCUCCUUCGGCGGAAGCUUCUCGACGAAGACGAUGAGAGCGCCAACUUGGAUGUGGUUGGGUUGCGAUUCAUUGACCGGCAGAAUGUUUCGCUGUUGACCGCUGUGGAGACGCGAUACCUCGAUGCGACCACCCGCCUCCCGUAUUUCGGCGAAGGCGCUGGAGAUGCGCCACCCAAAGACAUGCGGACAAUCGCAGGAUUUCGCAAAUAUGCCGCUUAUCUCGAGCGGGCGAAGACCGUUGCCCGUUGGUCGCAGAUUGGAUACCUCAACAAGCUUCGUUGCUCCCGCAUUCCGAUCUACAGCUCAGAAUGCAUCUCCGUUGUGCAACAGAUGUCCACCACUAUUAUCCCCUUCUGCCACCUUGAUACUCGCCUCAAUUAUUUGGACAACGUCGACCGAGUUAACAAGUCCAUCAAGUCAUACUCCGACCGGGCUCGAGAGACGGUGCCUUUAGUCCACUGUUUUGCGUUCGUGACCCCAGCAGUGGUUGCAUUGGACAUGCCCCGCAUCGCGCUCUCGGGAUUCGAGGAUAUGGUGUUGCAACAGCCUCUUGAUUUUGACGAAGUUCUCCAUCAAGCAAGUGUAAAGUUGCAGAUUGCCUUUCCCGAUGCCUCUCUCCUCCAGUACGACUGCGGUAAAUUGCAAGAGCUCGCGACUCUCUUGCGCGAGAAGAAAUCGGGCGGACAUCGCAUUCUCAUCUUCACCCAGAUGACCCGUGUGUUGGACAUCCUAGAGAUCUUCCUCAAUUUUCAUGGUUAUCUCUACCUUCGGCUGGAUGGAGCCACAAAAAUCGAGGACCGUCAGUACAUCACCGAGCGGUUCAAUGCCGAUCCACGUAUAUUCUGCUUUAUCUCGUCAUCUAGAUCGGGCGGAGUGGGAAUCAACCUGACAGGAGCAGAUACUGUCAUCUUUUACGACAGUGACUUCAAUCCCCAGAUGGAUAGGCAGUGCGAGGAUCGAGCACAUCGUAUUGGUCAAAUACGCGACGUGCACAUUUAUCGCUUCGUCUCGAAGUACACUGUCGAAGAGGCUAUGCUUCGUAAAGCUAAUCAGAAGCGCCAUUUGGAUGAUCUCGUUAUCCAGAAGGGCGAGUUCGACUGGCGAUCGUUGUUCAACGUCAAUGAUGAGAGUGCGCUGACCAAGGCACUUGCCAACUACGAAGACGUGGAAGACCGACACGCAGCUGCUGUUGCUGCUCGAGAGGAGUUCUCGUUGGUUGGAGCUGAUGAGGCUGACUUCAGUGAUGCAGAACCGGGUGGUGGUGUGGCCGGAGAUGGAGAUGCGGAUGGUGGAGGUCCGGCGGUUGAUGGUGUCGAUGUCAUUGGUGAAGAUCUUGUUGUCGAAGGCGGUGGCGAGGAAGAAGAGGAAGGCGGUACGGUGGUCGAGUACAUGCUCGCCUUUGUUGAACAGGAUUGGGAGUUUUUUACGGAAUGCGAACCGUACGUUUGA